AUGCCACCGCGAGCCUUUACAAACCCAGCGCCAAAGACGGAAUCCGCGCGAUCCGCCCUAAGCUCCUUCACCUGCACCCUCUGCAACAAAUCCUACUCGCGCCACCCCGAAUACGAAGCCCACAUCUCCUCCUACGACCACCAACACCGCAAACGCCUCCAAGACCUAAAACAGCUUUCGCGGGACCCCAACGCCGCCGAAAAAGCGCGACGCGCUGAGCGCAAAGCAGAUGCCGAGGCUGGGCUGAAGGUUCUCGAUGCGCCGGGUGGAAAUGCUUCGGUGAAGGGUGUUAAGAGUGGAGGGGGCGCAGGAGGUGGAGGUGGGGGGUUCAAGAAGGGUGGGUUUAAGAGUUCGUUUUCGACGGUGAAGGGGCCUGUUGCGCCGGUUAGGAAGAAUGUUCUUGGCGAUGAUGAGGAGGAGGAUGAUAAUACAGGGGAGGUUGGUUCCGCAGGUGGGAAGGACAAGGCUGAUGGUGGUGUUGGAGGUCAGGGAACGCGCGGGGAGGAAGUUCGUCAAGAUGCGGAGAGUGAUACUGAUGAAGAGUACGCUCGAGAUCGAGACGGGGGAGGGUAUUAUGAUCCUCGAAGACCCACGGGCUGUUAUGCUGGAUGUGCUGGUCUGACGGAGGUCAAGGCUGUUUCAUGA